CCCUGUUUCUCGUGGUGUCAAUGUGUGCUGUCAAUCCUGUCAAGUGACAAGUGUCGAGUUGUGUCUUCGUGAGGAAAAUGGCCGUCGCGUUCAAUUUGCUUUUCAUUUAGUAAAACGUUUAAUCCAUAAAAUAUUGAUUUAUUCACAAACAUUAAGUGUGAAUUCCUUAUUUAUAUACGUUUAGUAUUCAAUUCCGCGAAAUGGCCAAGCAAAAAGCAAGCAAUAAAUACAGUAGAUUGAGAUCGCAAAAGCUUCAAAAUCAGAGAAACAAGAACCAGAAAUCGAAAAACGGCGUCGAAAAGAGAGUGGUGCGUAAGAAGGUACAGGAUGCCCGACAAAAAAUUAUUCUAAAGAAGAAAAAUGUAGUUGAUGCCAGAGACAUUAUAUCAAAGAAGUCUGUUGAUGCGAGGGCCAAAAUAAACAAAAUUAGAACUGGCAGGCCUGAAGGCCCUACUGUAAAGGUUAUAGGCAGUGGAAUUUUACAGAAAAUUGAUAGCAAUGGUAAAAUUAGUCUGGUGACGAAUAAGGCAAAGCAGAAAAAUGAGGUGAAAAAUGAUAUUAACCUUGCUAUAAGGAAAGAGCUUGGACUCAUCCCUACUUCUCGCAGAACCUCUGCUAAGCGUAGUCCUGCUAGGAACACAGUACCUAUACGAAAAACAGGAUCGCCAGAAUAUAGAGGUACUAGUGAAUCAAGGAGGUUGUUUGAUCCAGCAUUAUACAAAUGGGUGAGACCAGAUCUGAGGAGUAAGCCACAAUUGGUUGAUCUGCAAACUACCAGACAAGUGAUGAGAGAGACCCUUAGAGAGGAGCUUAGCUGUGGGUGGCCCACAUAUGCCAGUCAUAUCAACCGUUCUCUCCGCCUGACUGGCCCAGUGGUACAUACAGCACCUGCAGUCCAUCGAUCCGUUGCGCCUAGGCACUACAUCGACCUUGAGGAGCCCGCUCAUAUUGUGAUCGACGAUGAAGAAAUGCCUAUGGUGACUUCAUCAGCCGUGUCUGUGGUGCCCUCACGUUCCUCCAAUGUGCGAUCUCGCUUGGAUGGGGCUCCAGCUAUGAGUGCCGGCGAUUCACACGGGAUUUUCUCCGGCAGUGGUGGAGUACAGAAGAAAGUGGUAAUUGUUCCGGAAGGACAUCGGAUCGUCGUCAGCAAUCUGCAAAAUACUGUCACACAGGAUGAUAUCAAGGAGUUGUUUGAAGAUAUUGGUCAACUGAUUUCAGCUAAAUUAGUUCGUCCAGGGGUUGCAGAGGUCAUUUAUAAAAAUCUAAAGGACGCCCAGAAAGCCGUGGAUACGUAUCAUAACCGCCAGUUGGACGGGCAACCAAUGAAAUGUUUGCUAGUAAACAAAAGGCCUUUGAAUCAUCCUACUGCCCUGCCUGUUAAUACCCAACUGUUUACGAAAAAACGUUUGGGUCUUCACUGAACGCGGUUUUUGUUUUUUUCAGCACUUCAACGCAACAGAGAAAGGUGGCUGCUGUACCACCGUGCCCCCCUAACAAUAAGCUAGUACCCGAUUUGAGUACCAUUCACAAGGUACUGUUCCAGAGAAAAUAAAUCAUUAGUAGAUAGCGCACUAUAUACAGAUUGGAAUGUGUGUUUACUUGUGGCCAGGCAAUGACGUAUUUGUGAUUCAAAACCUCCAGUAAUGUAGUCAAAUCAUGCAAGAGGUUGAUGGGUUAAAAACUGACAAGUAAAAGGUGCCGUUGCGUGCGAAUACAGUGACAGGAAACUGCGACCAGCGACCGAGAUUAGUUUCAUAGCACUCACGUAGAGAAUCUGUUACUGUCACUGUGAUAUAUUCACAUUAAAAACACAAUAAGCAAUAAGCGGUUCUGCAUUUUGCCCUUUACUGCUCAACCCACUAUUAUAAAUUUGAAUGUUAUACUGUAACAUACUGAGUCGUGUACUGUUGCGGCCUCCGCACGGAACGGCACCACAAAGUUGAAGUUUUCAGACUCACUUUGUUGAAAUAUUAAACAUGAAUAUUUUAUGCUGUUUAUCCAAGGAGGACAUAUGAUCUGUGAGAUUUUUGAUGCGGAGGAAAUAAAACAGAUCUUCUACUGUGUUGAACACUGUGAAUAUAUUGGUAUACUUGUUUGUUCCAUUAGUUGCAUUAAUCUUAUUGACAGCAUAAAAGUUGGGUUCGUCUUGCUACUUCACAUCGUUAACUUUAACAGUCUGUAUUUUUUAUAUUGCUAUCUAUUUUUUUUUUGUAAAUGAUACAAGUUUUAGGUAUGGGUAGCUCUCCCGCUUUGUACAUACAGUGUUUGAUUCAUAAUAUUUUGAUGGAACAUAAUUCGUUUGAAUUUCACAGGAUUUGAGAUGUUUUAUUAAACAAUGUGUAUGUUUUAUUUGAGUAAUCUUGAAUAAAUAUAUUAUGAAUUCAAA